AUGUCCCUUGUGGAAAUUCUCCCAAAUUACUUUACCCUUCCGCCGGAGUCACCGCUGCGCGAGCAGAUACGCAAGGCGUAUAAGUGGUACUCUCCAAAAUUCUCUCCCCGAAAUAUUCCCCGUUUCGCGGAUGUCUCUAGCAUCACUGAGAAUCCGUCUGUGAUGCGUGGAAUUCGCGACUUCCUUGUGGCGCGUUACAGAAGCUUUCCGGAACCACCGACACACAUGUCGGGUUUUGAUGCCCGUGGUUUCCUUCUUGGGCCGAUGAUUGCUGUGGAGCUUGACAUUCCUUUUGUGCUACUACGGAAGGCUGAGAAAAAUGCGGGCCCUCUCAUUAAGAGCGAGCCAUACGAGAAGGAAUACAAGGAGGAUAUACCGGACGUCAUGACGCUUCGCAAUGGCAGCAUCAGCAAGGGUUCACGCGUUAUUCUUGUAGAUGAUGUGCUUGCCACGGGCGGGACUGCACUCUCGGGGCUUCAACUCGUUGAGGCCAGCGGCGCUACUACCCUUGAGGUUGUUUCGGUUCUGGGACUGACGUUCCUCAAGGGCUCAGAGCUGUCGCACAAGUACAAUGGCGGGCGUUACAGGAAUGUUCCGUUUUUAACACUUGCGGAGGAAAGUAUCCUAACUGAAGAAAAUUGUGGUGAUAUUCCCAAUUUCGAGGGCCCCCGUGUGAUCAGCUACCGCGAGGCAUUAAGCAAGCUCUAG